GCAUUGAUAGGUGGCACUGACUGGCACUGAUGGUGACACUGAAAGGCAGCUCAGAUGGGCACUGAUAUGUGGCAUUGAUGUGCACUGGUAGGCACUGAUAUGUGGCAUUGAUGAGGCACUGAUGAGCACUGACAUAGGGCACUGAUGGACCCUGACAGGUGGCACUGCUGGGGCUACACUGAUCAUCAGGGCACACUGAUCAUCAGUGCCCUGAUGAUCACUGUCAGCGUGACAGCUCGAGAGGAGAGAAAUGCCGAUAACCGGCAUUUCCCUGUUUACAUGUGAUCAGCUGUGAUUGGA